UUUGAAACUAACGACUGUGUGUGCUGUAUGAGUCGGGGCUGGGGCGCUGAUCGCACUUGAUAGUCCGCGGAUUCUUCUCCGUCCCCGGCCUGGGACAUUGAGACUAACGGUAGCCCUGGCUGACAGUCCUGAUCUGUAUAAAAUGGAGGAUGAAGAUAUAAGUGAACGGAAGUUAAAGAUUGCCUCCAUUUUGGAUAGAGUUAAGAGUUUCAAGACAAAGUAUGGUAAUGAAGAUAAUUGGACGGAUGAACUAACAUACACAAAAUCAUCUGCUGAUACAACUGAGCACUCUGGUGUCUUCAAUCACCUUUUAACCCCAAAGACCCCAGAAGAAUGGCUGUCUUCCCUCUUAAAACUGGAGAGUACGGGCUUGCCGCAGAGCGAUCGGAUGCUGCUGAAUAAACUGAUAGAUAAUUACACUCAAGCUGUUGGAGCGCUUUCUCCAGAGAAGCACAGCCAUAAUGAGAGCUACGCCAAAAUCAUGGUUCGAUUUGCGGAGUUGAAAGCCAUACUGGACCCAGAUGAGGCACGGGACCAGUUCCAGCUUGUAAGAUUGAACUGCAAAAAGUUUGCUUUUGUGCAUGCUGCUUUUGCCCAGUUUGAGUGGUCUGAAGGAAACUUUAAAAAGAGCAAGCAGAUUCUCCAGAAAGGAAAGGAUUGCCGAGCUGUCCCUGCUGAUAUGAUCGAGUUGGCCAUGAAGAACUUGCAGUUGAAGAAACCACAGCUGAUCUCUGAGGAAGAUAAAGAAAACCUGUCCUCGUCUUUGAGCCACCCAAAUGAAGAAAAUGUGCAGAGCUCUAUGCUGGGAAGACCCCAGAGGAUACGCAGUGACAGCUCCGAUGAGCUCUCUACCAACUUGAUCUGUUCAAUUGGACAAAAGUUGAGCUCACCUGAAGAAUGUGAUGAAAUUCCAAGGAAGCCUCUGACAAAUGUGCCAAACAAGACAUGUCAGUUUGGGAGAGUCCCCGUACAGUCCUUAACUUCUCCAGAAGCUGAUGACAGGAAUAUUUACACCUUUUCCAGCAAAAGACAACCACUAAGUGCAAUGCGUGUGCCAUUUCUACCUUCGUUGUCAAAACCGAAGUACAGUGGCGAUGGCGAUCAUCUUUCCGGGAAUAAGUUGUCCACCAGUAGUAGCCCCAAUAUAAGCCCCACAAGUGCACAGCAGUUUACAGAAGACAGUGUAGAGAUGAAGACUCAAUCUUCCGUAAUUAUCAGAAGAGCCAGUUCAAGCACCCGUGCCCGAAGUGAUGAGGACGUGCAUAUGGACGAUACAGACUCUACCACAGCUCCAUAUAACCCUCAGGAAAUUAAUAAGCAGUCUGAAGUUCAUGCUGUAAUUGAUGGCAAAGAUAACCUCAAGAAGGCUGAUCCACCAAAACCCACUAUUGUGGAAACCGAAUGGAAAUGGAAAGUUCCUGAGGUGCCAAGUGACAUUUUCCAAGCGGAGGGAAAGAGGAUGAGUAUUGAGCCAAGCGCUUAUCCUGUGCUCAAACGAGUAUCUCCACCAGGGCCAUCUCUGAAGUAUGAUCCUGCCUUAGUUUGUGGGACUCCUGCCAAACCACAGGAAGAUUAUAUGAACUGUUUUAGAACGCCUGUGGUGAAAAAUUCUCUAGGACCUCUUUCGCUUAUGUCUACUCCAUCUGACAACCGUUCCAACUAUCUUCCACACACCCCGGCCAAUUCCCUUCUACAACCGUUUCCGAUUGCACAACCACUUACAUCGAGUGAAUACAUUGUAGUCAAAGGGCGAGUGUAUGCAGUUUUGAAACAGAUCGGGACUGGUGGAUCUAGUAAGGUUUUUCAGGUCAUGGAUGACAAGAAACACUUGUAUGCAAUAAAGUUUGUGAACCUGGAAGAAGCCGAUACACAGACUAUUGAGAGCUACCAGAAUGAGAUCUCUCAUUUACAUAAGCUUCAACAGCACAGCGAUAAAAUAAUUCGCCUGUAUGAUUGUAAAAUAACCAAAGAACACAUCUACAUGGUGAUGGAGUGUGGAAAUAUUGACCUUAAUACUUGGCUCAGGAAGAAGAAGACUAUUAAUCCAUGGGAAAGAAAGAGCUACUGGAAGAACAUGUUAGAAGCGUGUCAUACAAUCCACCAGCAUGGUAUUGUUCACAGUGAUCUGAAACCGGCAAACUUUAUAAUAGUUGAUGGAAUGCUUAAGCUGAUAGAUUUCGGCAUUGCAAACCAAAUACAACCAGAUGUAACCAGCAUUGUGAAAGAUUCCCAGGUGGGCACAAUUAAUUACAUGCCUCCUGAGGCUAUAAAAGACACAACAUCCUUUGGAGAUAAUGGAAGGCCUAAGUCAAAGAUAAGUCCUAAAGGAGAUGUGUGGUCGCUGGGCUGUAUUCUGUACUGCAUGACCUAUGGGAAGACUCCGUUCCAGCAUAUAACUAAUCAGAUCACAAAGCUCCAUGCAAUCCUGGACCCCAGUCAUGUGAUAGAGAUACCCGAUAUACCAGAGAAGGACCUUCAGGACGUGCUCAGAAAAUGUUUAGUGAGAAACCCUAAGGAACGAAUAUCUAUCGCGGAGCUCCUGGCUCAUCCCUAUGUUCAGCUACAGCCGCAAACACGCACAGAAGAACAAGUACAGAAGGGAGCCACAGAGGAAAUGAAGCGUAUUCUCGGUCAACCUCAUUGGACUGAAUUCACCAAAUUCCAUAUGCAGAGCGGCCAAGAGUUUUAUAUGAUCAGUGUAGCAGCGGCAAAAGCUGGAUCUAACUACAUUUAGCAACCAGCACAGAUCAAAACUCAAGGACAAUGAAGUGAUGCAGCCUCAAAAAGCAACACUAGGGAUCGGAAACAUGGUAAUUGUUUGCUGGAGUUCAGAGGAUAUCCUCAGCAUGUGCAACCACUUCAUGACUGUUCACUAUUAGGUGUUUUCUGCAUCUGUCCACUCAUCUGCUGUUACCUUGUAAACCUGUGUAGUAAUGUUAUACUAUUAGAAUUCUAGCUUUAAAGUGUAGUGUAUACUUAAAUGCAUAUCGGACUUCACACCAGAUGAGCAGUAGAACUGCCACCUUUUCCAAAGUCUGUUUUGAUGACAAUUGAAGCCCUACGUACACCAAGGGGGUUCUGAAGACACACUAAGGCUCCUUUCCCAGUCCGUAGUGUUUUGCGGAAUCCGCAAUACACCCGGCCGGCACCCCAAUAGAACUGCCUAUUCUUGUCUGC